GGUUCUUUCUCGUUUUUUCACCUUAGCGAGUUCUUUUUUUUUUUUAUUUUCCGUAAGACGUGUUGUAUAACAGUGCAGAGAUUUUAACUCCGGUCACGUUGUUUUGCCGAGUUUUGUGCAGACUGAUAUUGUAACUACUAUACAUCGGUGAUGUUAAAAGACUCGAGUUCGUUAUUUUGACAACGUCGUGAAUACACUUGGUGCUGAUUUUAAUGGACACAUUUGCUCAUCGUUCUUGGAUUUCCUCAUCGGUAGCCGUCGCUCAUCGGCAACGCUUCUAACAAACUACACAGUGCUAUCCGACGUUGAGCGUCUUCCUGUACGCCGUUAGAUUGUGUUUAAAACGGAGUUUUCUUUUUUUUUUUCUUCUUCUUUUGCAAAUCGUAUGACUGACAGUGGUAAUAUGGAUUACGGAUCGUGAAAUAUUUCCACGUGGUUUGUCUCCGGGAAAUAUCCGAGGAAACUGACUCAACUUGUACGAGAGAUCCGCCAAAGAUGAACCAGCAGUGCAAAGUGUGCGGCGAACCAGCAGCCGGUUUUCAUUUCGGCGCCUUUACCUGUGAGGGAUGCAAAUCUUUCUUCGGGAGGUCGUACAACAAUCUGAGCAGCAUAUCGGAGUGUAAGAACGGCGGCGAAUGCGUGAUAAACAAGAAGAACAGAACAGCGUGCAAAGCAUGUCGUCUGCGGAAGUGUCUUCUGGUGGGAAUGUCGAAGUCAGGUUCGCGUUACGGUCGCCGAUCGAACUGGUUCAAGAUCCACUGCCUACUCCAGGAGCAGCAGCAGCAGCAGCAGCAGCAACAGCAGCAACACCAGCACCAACAACACCAGCAGCACCAACAGCACCAGCAACAACAACAUCACCAUCAGCAGCAGCAGUCCCAGAGCCAAAGGAGUCCCUCCAUGAGCGGGAACAUGUCCCAACGAAAAGAGGAAAUGCUGAUGCUGGGUCUGGACGAUUACAAAAACUCGACGUCGCCGAGCAUCAGCUCUCCCGAAUCCCACAACAGCGACAGCUCGGUCGAAGUCUCGGAAAGACGGGCCCUUAGCCACCCUGGAUUCCGACCCUUGCACUCCCACCACGGUACCGAUCUCUCGGCCUUCAGCAAGGAGAUGCUCGGACUUCCCUUGGGCUUUCCUCUGGGCGGUAUGCCACUGAUACCCCCGGGCUUCCUGCCGCCCCACGGCCUUUCCCUCUUCCCACCUUACCACCUCUACGGGACCCCCCAAGGAACCCCUCACCCCCUGCUUCCGGGUCACUGUCCCGGGGUGCUCCAGCACUCGACGCUCCUUGGAGUACACGGCGACGCUCCUCAGGAAAAGCUCGAGCUCACUGGAAACAACAACAACAACAACAACAGUCGGUACGCCCAGAACCACAACAGCGUUAGCGCCGCUUCACCCGUCGGCAACACCGUCGAAACUUAUUCGAAACGUUUUUACCUGGAGGCGGUGCUCAAGAGCCAGAGGACGACGCCACCGCCGCAAUCACCAACGUCAAGCAAAACCAACUCCGACAACGAGACUGCCUCACCGCUCAGCAGUCCGAGACUUCGUCGGACCAGCGCCACUCCCCCGCCUCAGGACAACCCCAUGGAUCUUUCGAUGAAGAAUUUGUCCACUGUCGACGGGGAACGGCCCGAAAGCUCGCAAAGCUCGCACAACGAGUCUGAGAAAAACGGCGACGUGGACGAUGUCAGCGAGGCUGAUUGCUCACCUCCCAAGAGAAGACCAGCUCCCAUUGACCUCACUUGCGCAAAGGCGUAGGAGGGAUGAGGUGAGUCGGUUUAUGGUCUGCCGAUAAAAGAAAAACGGCUUCUCGGACCUCUGGUUGUCACGAUUAUCAAUCAACUUAUUAAGAACAAUUGGAGAACGCGAGAUCAGUUUGACAUCACACGUAAACAUUUCCGCCUUUGAAAAGACACUUUGAAAAGUCUUGAGAAGCUCUUCACGUCCAACUGUUCCUCGGAAUAAAUUCAAUAUCUCGCAAAUUCAGGCUCAAUGUGAAACCACGUUUUCCACGACUUUAAACAGAGAAGUUGCGAUGUUCUCGAUAUAUUUCCGAGUGAACGUCGGCAGCCCCUUGCAUUAGGUACCAGCGACGAUGUCGUCGUUCUUCCUGAGCUCUUUCUUCGCACAUUAUAUUACAGUGACACGGUGCUGCGAACUAGGAAGGAACGCAACGUGCCGUUCGCAGCUGGUGAAACUCUUAUAGCAAUCAAUUAAAUUGAAUCGGACAAUAAUUAUCCUACCGCGUUAUCUUCCCGUAGUGUGUGUAUAUAUAUAUAUAUAUAUACAUAUACAUAUGUAUGUUAUACCCGGAGCUUGUGUGCAUGUAUAUUAUAUAUACAUAUGGAUGUAUGUGUAAAGUAUAUAAGACAACUUGCCGAACAUAGUUUCGCUUUUAGCAAGAAUAUACAUCGGCGAGUUAAAAAAUCUAUUCCCAAGGUUUCCCGCGACUCGCUCUGAAGUCAACCGCAAGUGAAUUCGCCUAUUAUAGAGUGAGAAAUAGAGGAAGAGAGAUAUGCAACCCACGUAAUAUAAUAAUUACCGCUGCAAUAGGAUAAAAAUAAAUUAAUUAUCAUUGCGAUACGAUCGGGUGAUAAUAUCAUACAUACAUAUAUAUGUAUUUAUAUAUAUACAUAUGUGUGUGUGUGUAGAGUGCCGAAGUAAACACUGAAAAGAGAAUAUUUACCCCAUGACAUUUGCAUGCUAGCCGUCUAGGUACAUACAAGUGGUAUAAUUAUACGCAGACUCAGAUCUAUAUAACACGAAUUAUAUAUACAUAAAACCACGAAUGUAUAAUAUAUCUAUAAAUAUCAACAUAACCACGAAAAAUGAUCGUUACCAUUUCUAUGUAUGAAUAGGUGCGCUAUAUAUUCACAUAUACGUAUACCUAUAUACACGUAUACAUCUAUAGGCGAGAGUUUUUAUUGUUAAUUUAUAGCGUUUAGUAUUUAUAUAUAUUAAUUGUAAAUAUAUAUGUCUACUUAUCACGAAGCGCAUAUACCAUAUUUUCGGUGCAGCUCUCUACGUUGUACAUAACAUGUAUACUAAACCGUUCCCCAAUUACCUGUACGUUUAUAAAUAUGUACACGGAUCUUUUUUUAUUUUUCAUUUAAAAAUCCAUCUACCUGCGGAUUCUCGGAUUUUUUAAAUUAAUUACCACGAACGCUGAUCGACACAGCUGAUCAAAUAAUAGGCCAGUAUUCUCAACGAUUAGAUCUCUAACUAUACGGAUGGAUCUGUUGUCGGCUAAUUUGAAAUUGGAAAUGCGCAAUCAUGUUGACCACAGUGGAACCAAUUUCGCAAACCGUUGUAGCAUUUCACAUAUAUAUAUAUAUAUAUAUAUAUAUAUAUCAAUAUCAAAUCCUUACAGUUUACUACGUUUAUCGAUAUUAGUAAACCAUGAUUUUUUUUUUUUUUUUUUUUACCGUUUCUCACUUCAUCUCCCCUCUCGUCUAUUUAUCUUUUUUAUAUAUUUACUGUCAAAAGUCUCAAGCACCAAUAAAAUAAAAGCAUGGCGUAUACCUACUAUAAUAUUAUACAUAGUGUAAAUAUAUAAAUGUGUAUUAUUACUGCGAUAUGGGACCGAAGCCAGUAGUACUGUAAAUAGUUAAGAUCAUAGAGUUUGUUAACAAAAAAUAUAAAAUAUAAUAUAAACAAUAA